AUGGACAUAAAUAUAUUCAUACAUGUCUUACUGGAGAAUUUUUUUUUUCCCUUUCAACAACUUUUUUUGUUGAUUUUUUGUUUUAUGGUCAAGUUGUUUAGUCUUUUUUUUAAAUUUGGAUUGCCGCUCAGUCUUAUGUACUCUAAUAAUCCUUCGAACAACGAAAUUUCCGUCAUUCUUUUUAUAAACAACGAACGUUGUGAGGGGAUUUCCUUUUCCGUUGAGAGGGAUGCUCCUGUGGACAUACCCGUAGAGGGCGGUACCAACACGUCGGCUAUUCGAAAGGCUGCACGGCGGUACAAUGGGCUGUAUGAGUUGUUUUUUUCUAUGGAACUUGAAGAGAAUAAACUGAGUGCUUUUGCAAGGGGACGCAUUGUUGGGCAUGCCCUUCUACCAUCUGGCGCGAUACAUUACCUUGGACCGCUAAUGCCCCCCGGUGAACCUGUAGAUUCGGCCAUGUUUGUUGAAGACAUACCCGACACCAUACAGCUGCGUUUUACCCUUGAUAUGAAGGUUCCUGUGGGUGUCUCGGCAGUUUGGCCGGCGGAACUGCUCCUUGCCGACCACGUAAUGGCUAUUAUUGACAAUGAUGACUUAUCCGGCUCAGUUCCAUCCUCACAUGUGCAGAAUCUUGUGCGUGAGCUACCGUUUUACAACCGCGGCAUGAGACGCUUCAACAAUUGGUCUAAUUUUGUUCGUUUUUUUGCGAUGUACUACCAUUCAUGGGAGCUGAUCCAGUAUUCGGAAGAGAUGCAUGAGCAUCUUGGCUUCAGCAAACUAAUGCUUGCGGGAGAAAUGCGUAUGGUGUCUAAAAAAUUUCUGAAUUCUUACAUGCGGGCAGACAAAGAAAGGGACAUAAUUCGUUACGAAGCAUUCUUGGAGUUCCAGCAUUUGCUGCUUUCGUUCACAGGGCCGUUUGAUGGCACUAGGCGCAGCCCAAGACUGAGCAAUGACGCUUUUCGGUUGCUUGGGGAGUCACGGAGUUUUCGAACUUUGAACACCGUCAACUACGUCCGUAUCCUUCGGCUCGUUGCACUGGACCCUGAGCGCUAUGUUCUUUUUGACGCCCAUCAUCCCAUUCGAAUCGAUUGGAAACACUCCGAAGAGACCACUCCGGGGCUGGUGGAGAUGUGCCCGGUAUGA